GCAUAGGCGAUAUCCCUGAGCUGAGAGCAUCUCCCUGUCCCCGAAUCCUUCCCUCUGUUUUGUUUUUCAUUCCUUCCUCCCUUCCUCCCCCUUCCAGUCCGCGACGACUGGCUCUUGACCCCGUUCAGGCCUCGGUGAAGGCUUUUGGUUACUCCCUUUCCACCCCAUCCCUUAAUUUUAUUCUUUUGAAGAGUCUGCAUUUCAAGCUGCCAAGGUGGAGAGUGUGAUUGCAGAAGGGAGUACUACUCAUUUCAGCUUUAUUUUUAUGUGAUAAUCUACCUUUAAGAAAAGGUGUGCCAAACCUGAGAGCACCAGGAAGUCGCAUGAGAGAUCACCUGAUACACGAACGUGUGAUGUUCCAUCUGCGCGUUGAUGCAUAGGCAGCAUUUACAAAUUAACUGAUGUAUUGCUCUGUAUCAUCUCUUUGAUGAUUGCUCAUCUUCUAUGUAUCCUGUCAUAUAAUUUCAACAUAUUUGUGAUACUCAAUGUUUAUUCUAAAUUAACCAUGUUUUGUGCCACAAACACGUUACCUAUGGAUCUCUUGCUGAAACAAGGAAGUCUUAAACAAGAAGUAGAAUCUUUUUGUUAUCAAAUUGUGUCUGAAUCAAAUGAUCAAAAGGUUGGAAUAUUACAAAGUGAGGAUGAACAAUUGCAGCCUUCAGUUUCUAAAAAAUCAGAAGGUGAGCUUUCCAGGGUCAAAUUUAUGUCCAAUUCCAACAAAAUAACAACAUUUAGUAAGAAACCAAAAAGAAGAAAAUAUGAUGAAAGUUACUUGUCUUUUGGAUUUACUUACUUUGGAAAUAGAGAUGCACCUCAUGCUCAGUGUGUGUUAUGUAAGAAAAUUUUAUCAAAUAGUUCUUUGGCCCCUAGUAAGCUUCGAAGACAUUUGGAAACUAAACACGCUGCAUAUAAAGACAAAGACAUAAGCUUUUUCAAGCAACAUCUUGAUUCACCUGAAAAUAAUAAACCCCCAACACCUAAAAUUGUCAAUACAGAUAAUGAAAGUGCUACAGAGGCAUCAUACAAUGUAAGUUACCAUAUAGCCCUGAGUGGAGAGGCUCAUACUAUUGGAGAAUUACUCAUCAAGCCUUGUGCUAAAGAUGUCGUGAUGCGGAUGUUUGAUGAACAAUAUAGUAAAAAAAUAGAUGCAGUACAACUAUCAAAUAGUACUGUUGCACGUCGAAUUAAAGAUCUUGCUGCUGACAUUGAAGAAGAGCUUGUUUGUAGACUGAAAAUUUGUGAUGGGUUUUCACUGCAACUAGAUGAAUCAGCUGAUGUUUCAGGACUUGCUGUGCUGCUUGUUUUUGUUCGUUACAGGUUUAAUAAAUCUAUUGAGGAAGACCUACUCUUAUGUGAAUCUUUGCAAAGUAAUGCUACUGGUGAAGAAAUUUUCAACUGCAUCAACAGUUUUAUGCAGAAACAUGAAAUUGAAUGGGAAAAAUGUGUUGAUGUUUGUAGUGAUGCUUCUAGGGCAAUGGACGGGAAAAUUGCUGAGGCUGUCACCUUGAUAAAAUAUGUGGCUCCCGAAAGCACCAGUAGUCACUGCCUAUUAUAUAGACAUGCACUAGCAGUUAAAAUAAUGCCUACAUCUCUGAAAAAUGUGCUAGAUCAGGCAGUACAGAUCAUCAAUUACAUUAAAGCUCGACCACAUCAAUCUAGGCUACUAAAAAUUUUAUGUGAGGAAAUGGGUGCCCAGCACACAGCACUUCUUCUGAAUACAGAGGUGAGGUGGCUUUCCCGAGGUAAAGUUCUUGUAAGACUUUUUGAGCUCCGUCGUGAACUAUUGGUUUUCAUGGAUUCUGCUUUUCGACUGUCUGAUUGUUUAACAAAUUCAUCUUGGCUGCUAAGACUUGCAUAUCUUGCAGAUAUUUUUACUAAAUUAAAUGAGGUAAAUCUAUCAAUGCAAGGAAAAAAUGUGACCGUUUUUACAGUAUUUGAUAAAAUGUCAUCAUUGCUAAGAAAAUUGGAAUUUUGGGCUUCAUCCGUAGAAGAAGAAAACUUUGAUUGUUUUCCUACUCUCAGUGACUUUUUGACCGAAAUUAAUUCUACAGUUGAUAAAGAUAUUUGUAGUGCCAUUGUGCAGCACCUAAGGGGUUUGCGCUCUACUCUGUUAAAAUAUUUUCCUGUAACAAAUGACAAUAACACUUGGGUUAGAAAUCCAUUUACAGUAACUGUUAAACCAGCUUCAUUAGUAGCACGGGACUAUGAGAGCCUGAUUGAUUUAACAUCUGAUUCUCAAGUGAAACAAAAUUUCAGCGAACUUUCACUGAAUGAUUUUUGGAGUAGCCUAAUUCAAGAGUACCCAAGCAUUGCAAGGCGUGCAGUUCGUGUACUUCUUCCUUUUGCUACAAUGCACCUGUGUGAAACAGGAUUUUCAUAUUAUGCUGCAACAAAAACGAAAUACAGGAAAAGACUUGAUGCCGCACCUCAUAUGCGGAUUCGACUUAGCAACAUUACACCUAAUAUUAAGCGGAUAUGUGAUAAAAAGACACAAAAACACUGUUCUCAUUAAAAUUAGAGGGUUUUGCAUGUCUCUUGAUAACCAAGUAUAAGAUGAAAAUAAAAGAUGAUUUACUUCA